GAGAGCGCGAGGGAAGUAUUGUAGGCGUUCUGGGGCAAGGUGGCGGGCCGUGGGAGCGCCGUUCCCAUUUCUUAUCUUUUCCGCCUUCAUAUUUUUUUUUUUGCGUUUCGCGGUUCACGCGCUUUUCCCGACUUGCAGAAAGUUGAAAUCCGAGAGCGAAGACGUGAGGACGCCACGCUCGCAGAAGCAAGGCAGCUGAGUCGACCACGGGUGCAUAUCGCGAGCGGCCGCGCUUUGGAAGACGCGUGGCAUUCGUCGGCGAACCGAUCGUGCGAAGAAAGAUCUUCGCGCGUACAGUGCAAGGAACGCCCAGUUUAUUCCUCAAACAACAACGUCCGUCUUCGGAUCCCCGUUUGCAACGUCGCCGCUGCGGGAAGCUCGCGUUUCCUGCAUAAAUGAGUAAUGAGCGCGCGCUUGGUUGCGCGGCGCGGAAGCCAAGGUCGCGCCUCUCGUCGGAUCGUGAAAUCUCGCCGCUCGUUGCACGAAGACGUCGUGAUUGGACGAGCCCAAGGCCGAGUGCGUUCCAGACGGUACGCGCUGCGUUCGCAGUGCUGCGUGAGUGUCCGACGUGGGGCGAAGAAUUGCGGAGAAGCAAACGGUUGACCUCGAAACGCGCGAAUCACUCGUGAACGGCAAAUGCGAGCAACGCCGUCACGAUUUCGUUUCCGACUUCCUCUGCACCGGCAAUCUCGAAGAUUUUUUUUUUCGUUCCUACGGUGCGAGGAUUUUUCAAGCCCGAGGGCAGCACAAGAACACUCGACCCGCAUGACUAACGGCAGAAUGAGAAGAUGACGGCCUGCCGUCAUCUCUAGAAACUGUUUCCUGGCUGGGAGACCUUGCACGCGGUCUAACUACAUCAGGCAUGGAGGGAAGCCAGGAGUGUCAUCAGUUGCGACAGUCUCCACGGCAGCGCCAACGGAAGGGGCGGCCACCGCCGGUAGGACCAGACGGUCCACGAUCCUGGCUAGUGGCUGUCGCCUGCGGGUGGAACCUGCUGUGGAGCAGUCUUCUUCGCCGCUCCACGGGAGUCAUCUACGUGGCCUUGGUCCGCACGUUCGGCGCCACGCGCGAACAAAGCAGCUGGGUGCUCAGCGUCGGCACCAGCAUCGCCUGGCUGAUCGGUCCCCUCGUCGGCUUCCUCACGAAGCAUGUACCGCUGAUGGCGUUGUCUGUCACGGGAAGUCUCGUGACGGCCGUGAGCGCCAUAGGCUGCGCCUUCGCCGGGGACAUGACGGCCGUCUUCCUGCUGCUUGGAAUCUGCAGCGGUAUCGGCAACGGCAUCGGGAUGCCUACUAACGAUGUGAUCAUCGGCAAGUACUUCAAGCGAUACCGAGGCUCGGGCAACGGCAUCUACUACACGGGCGGCACAUUGGCCGGGUUUGCUUUCCCGCCAGUUCUUCACCUCCUGCUUCAGGAGUACGGCUUCAUGGGCGCCUUCCUCAUCACGGGCGGUCUUAUGCUGAACGCCCUAUCAGCGUGCAUCAUCUUCAAGGUGCCUCCCUGGGAGGCUUCGAAAACCACGCGCACAAAGAUCUCGCCCGCGACAACCGCAGCUAACAAAUCCGGCGACGGAGAGCAGCGGCGAGGAUCAGCAGCGAAUCUGGAGCGUUCGGAACGAGUGGCGACGAUUGAUGGUACCUACAGGGCCGUAAUCGGAGCCGGCACAUCCGCUGAUGCUGAACUGAACGGCACCAAGCUCAAGGACGUGCGAUCAAAACCUUCCCUCAAGAGCACGUCAAUUUUGCAAAGCUGCGAGGAUUUCACCUCUUACGCAAACGGGUCUUUACCCGAAAACCAAGCUGACAUCGUCAGCGUGUCUAACGGCGAAGUCUCCGAAGCACGCGAUCCAGUGGUCGCAAACGGCACGGCGACCACGUACGAGUUUCCUCCCUGUCCUAAACCCAUAGAGUUCGGGCGAAUCUCCUUCCGUUUCCUCAAGAGGAAACAAAGCGGCGGCGGCGACACUCCUUCGUACUCGCGCUUGCACGGCGCCUACAACAUUCAAAAUGGCGGAGCUGGUAGCACCAGCAACAAUAGUGCCGUCGCCCCUCCCUGGUCUGUGUCCGAGCCGGCAGUCCUGGAAACCAACGGAUGUCCCGAAGCCGUCGCCGUCGACGCUGCAGUCAAAGGCCUCCGUCGCCAGACGUCGGCCCGUUCAGACGUUCUGGAGGCCAGCGGCGAUGGCGCGGGCUCGUCGCACUGGAGCUUCCUUCGGGCGCCCGUCUUCUACAUGGUGACCGUGACGUGCGCCUUCUCGGUCUACACGCUUCUGGUUCUGAUGAUCCUCGUCGACUUCGCGAUCGAAAAGGGCUUCACGCGCCGCGACGGCGCAGUGUUUCUCUCGGUGUCCGCCAUCGGCGACGCCUGCGCCCGUCUCGUGGCCGGCGCGCUGUCGGACCGGGCCUUCUGCGACCGGCGCGUGCUGUUGAGCGCCAGCGCGAUGCUCACGGGCGCGCUGUGUGUCUCGCUGCCCACCAUACGACCCGACCGCUACGCGGUGACGGCGCUCAUGUGCGCACUGUUCGGCUGGAGCAACGGCACUGUGGUCGUGCUGUUCGGGCCCGUGCUGGCCGACCAGCUGGGAGUGGAGAACUUGGGACUUUCGUCGGGCGUCACCCGGUUCGUGAUGGGCCUGGCUUACCUGGCGUGCCCCAAGAUCACCGGUUACUUCAAGGACGAAAUCGGGUCAUACGAUGGACUGCUCCAAAUGAUCAGCAUUGGCUCUUUCUUCGUGUGCUUAAUGUGGACCACGGACUUCAUUUACAGAUUCAUCAAAAGACGCCGGACGAAUAGUGUAUCUUGACGUAGCAUGCUUCAUAUGUACAUGCUUGCUGUGAUAAUACCAUGGACGUUUGUUGAUCACAAAUCAUUUGAUGUGCAGACAGUGGACUGUGCCUUGAGCAUCCUGAGCGUUCUUGCGUCCAAGACAAAAUGUCAGUGCAGGAUCCUAAGAUAUUCUUCUUUAAAUAAAGGUUUAAGAAAAAGAAA